CACCGAGGCGCGCCGGCCGCGGGAAAGGACCUCGUCGCGACCGCGUCCGCUCGGUCCUUGAGCCGGCGCCGACCGCGGAGCCAUGGCCUCCGGGCUGCUGAGAUUGGCCCCCGCGUCCGCGUCCGCGCGGGGCCUGGCGGCGGGCGCCCAGCGCGUGGAAGGGAUUCACACAAGUGUCCAGCGCAAGUGGCAGUACGGCCCUUUGGCGUACAUCCUGGGCGAGAGGGCGAGCAAAAAACUGACGGAAUACAGCAGAGUGAUAACUGUAGAUGGCAACCUGUGUUCCGGGAAAGGCAAGCUUGCAAAGCAAAUAGCGGAGAAACUAGGCUUAAAGCACUUCCCCGAAGCAGGGAUACACUAUGCAGACAGCACCACGGGAGAUGGGAGGGACCUGGCUGCUGAGUUCAGCGGCAACUGCAGCUUGGAGAAGUUUUAUGACGACCCCAAAAGUAACGACGGCAACAGCUACCGCCUGCAGUCCUGGCUGUACGCCAGCCGCCUCCUGCAGUACGCGAACGCCCUGGAGCACCUGCUGAGCACAGGACAAGGUGUUGUACUGGAACGCUCCGUGUACAGUGACUUUGUUUUUGUGGAGGCGAUGUACGGCCAGGGAUUCAUCCGGAAGCAGUGUGUGGACCACUACAACGAGGUGAAGAAGGUCACCAUCUGUGAGUACCUGCCUCCCCACGUGGUGAUCUACGUCGACGUGCCUGUGCCCGAGAUCCAGGCUCGGAUUCAGAAGAAAGGAGACCCGCAUGAGAUGAAGAUCACCUCCGCCUACCUUCAGGACAUCGAGAAUGCCUACAAGAGAGUCUUCUGCCCACAGAUGAGUGAAAAAUGUGAAGUUUUACAGUAUAGUGUAAGGGAAGCUGAAGAUGCAGAAAAGGUGGUAGAAGACAUCGGAUACCUGAAGUACGACAAGGGGCCGUGGCUAGACCAGGAUGACCGGACUCUUCACCGACUGCGGAUGCUGGUUCAGAAUAAGCUGGAGGUGCUGAAUCACACAACCAUUCCCCUCUAUCUCCCAGAAGUCACCAUCGGAGCGCACCAGAGCAACCGAGUCUUCCACAGGUUCAUGGAGCUGCCGGGCCGCAGGUACUGCCCUGGGUACAAUGCCGACGUGGGCGACAAGUGGAUCUGGCUGAAGUGACGGGCCCCGCCCCGCUCAGCUGCAGCGCAGUGGGAGAGGCUUCCGGUCUGCCGCCCUGGGACUCCGUGUGGCCUCGAAAUCAGGAAAUGUGAAUGAUGCGAGAAUUGCACGGUGGAAGCAGCGGCCCAGCGAAGAGCAGCCUGCCUGGUAGUAUGUAGUUAGGGGAGUGGAAGGGAGCCUCCAUUUGAAGGGUCCUGGGGACCUCUCACUUCACUCUGCAGCGAUCCAUGAUUAUCAAAGUCUGCGCGGAAAGGCUGGGCGUUACUAGAAGAAUUUAAUUUCACCCCAGUCAUGCUGUGUGUCAUGCGGAUUUUGUACAUUGAUUUGUCAGACUUCAAAAAAUAAAAGUUUCAAUGGCCCGUGA